AAAAAACAUUUCAUAAUUAAUCAGCCUAAAUUGAUAACUUAUUUAAGGUUGGGGAUAUACUUAAUCAGAGAUAUGGCUAAAUCAUUUGAAUCUAUCUGUAUUGAGCCAUUGCUUCUAUCCCCUAUUAAAAACUUUAUUUUCUUUCUUUACAGAACCAAUGGAUGCUGUAGUAGCACCAUAUAUGGACAGUGGCCGUGAUAAUGAUAUAGAUGAAGUACAAAAAGAAAUUAUUCUACUAGGAGAUGAGAAGAUUCACAUCAAAGAGGAGAAUAUUGAAGUCCCAGAGGAAAACAUUUAUCUUCAGAUGUUAAAAGUGGCGGCUGUAUAUCGAAAUACGGCGGACCUUCAGAAGAAUUCACCAAAUAUUGAUGUUGAUGCUAAAGUAGCACCAUACAUGGACAGUGACAGUAAUAAUGAGAUAGAUGAAGUACAAAAGGAGAUUAUUCAACUAGGAGAUGAGAAAUUUCACCUCAAAGAGAAGAACAUUGAGGUCAAAGAGGAAAACAUUCAUCUUCAGAUGUUAAAAGUGGCGACUGUAUAUCGAAAUACGGCGGACCUUCAUAAGAAUUCACCAAACGUUGAUGUUAAUGCUGAAGUAGCACCAUAUAUGGACAGUGACGGUGAUAAUGAGAUAGAUGAAGUACAAAAGGAGAUUAUUCUACUACGAGAUGAGAAGAUUCACCUCAAAGAGGAGAACAUUGAAGUCAAAGAGGAAAACAUUCAUCGUCAGAUGUUAAAAGUGGCGACUGUAUAUCGAAAUACGGCGGACCUUCAUAAGAAUUCACCAAACAUUGAUGUUGAUGCUGAAGUAGCACCAUAUAUGGACAGUGACGGUGAUAAUGAGAUAGAUGAAGUACAAAGGGAGAUUAUUCAACUAGGAGAUGAGAAAUUUCACCUCAAAGAGAAGAACAUUGAGGUCAAAGAGGAAAACAUUCAUCUUCAGAUGUUAAAAGUGGCGAUUGUAUAUCGAAAUACGGCGGACCUUCAUAAGAAUUCACCAAACGUUGAUGUUAAUGCUGAAGUAGCACCAUAUAUGAACAGUGACAGUGAUAAUGAGAGAGAGCAGCUACAAAAAGAGAUAUUUCAGCUGAGAGAUGAGAAGAUUCAACUCAAAGAGGAGAAUAUUCAAGUUCAAGAGGAAAAAUCUCAACUUCCGAUGUUAAAUGUAGGUGUUUUACGUCGAAAUUCGGCGGACCUUCAGAAGAAGUCACCAAACAUUUCAACUUACAGUGGAUUUACCAUUUAUUUGUUUUUACUUAGUGCUGCCAUGGUAUUUCUUGGGUGGAUUAUGUUUUAUUAUUACAGAUGAAGCUUAAUAAUAUUACACUGAUUGAAAUGGGGUAAUACCGUCGGCCUGUGUGGUAAUAUCAGUAUAUCUGUAUGUACAGAUGUCGAUUUCAUUCUGUUACAGUUGAUACUAGACAGUAAAAACAGCAAUAAAGUUCAAUUAAAUAUAACAAUGA